AUCUGCUGCGGAGUUAGUGUAUCAAUGAAGAGGAGAAACCUUCGCGAAAAGUAUUGAAUCGAUGACGUCAUAAAAGACGUGUCAGUGGAAGGAGUAGACAGGAUUGUGGAGGAGCAUGUUGAAAAAUGUCCGAUUACUUUAAUUUAUUGUACGGCGUGAAUAGUAGUAAACAGAAGGAUUUGUGUUGACGCGCAUGUGAUUGUUAGAUCGGCAUCGAUAUACGAUUAUCAUCGAGCCAGGAAGUAUCACGUGGACGAAAAGGAAAUUAGUUUUCGACUAGUCAGACACGCCGACCGAAAUAUCUUCGAAAAAUAAAAGUGGACGGUGUUGUUUUGUUCCUGUAAGUUUUAUCUGGACGAGAUUUUUUUGUACGUAUAAUUUUGUAAAUUAUCGGAAGAUCGAAAAUAAAUCAAAGAGCAUUCAAAUAUAAGAGACUUCGGAGGGGCUGAGCAACGAUGGAAGCUGCUAGACAGGAAUGAUAGAAUGCAAGAGGGUAGCACCGCUGUGGCGCUAGCAAUGGUGACUCCUGGCUACGAUCAGGACCCUGCAAGUGGGGUUGCCGAUUACACAACUCAUCAAGAUCAGGCUCAAUUCGAAGCAGACAAGAGGGCAGUAUACAAACAUCCCCUCUUUCCAUUGCUCGCGUUACUUUUCGAAAGAUGCGAACAAGCUACUCAGAGCUCGGACAAUUCAACGUCCGAAAGUUUCAACAUGGACAUACAGGCCUUCGUCCAACACCAAGAAAGAGACCGAAAGCCAUUUCUGAUCAAUGACCCCGAAAUUGACGGUUUAAUGAUCAAGGCGAUACAGGUGCUACGAAUUCAUCUACUCGAACUGGAAAAGGUGCAGGAACUGUGCAAGGACUUUUGCAACAGAUAUAUCACAUGCCUGAAGGGCAAGAUGCAAAGCGAGAAUCUGCUACGCAGCGAUUACAGUCACCAUGGACACGACAUGGGUCCAUCGAGUGGCAGCAACGGGAGCAGUCCUUUGCAGGUGCUGUCUUCUACAGGCAAUGAUGUUGAGUCGGGAGCUAACGGAUUCAGAGUGAGCAGAGGUGAUAUCCUGUCGGAGAACGGUGGUGCGAGUCAGUUGGCUGCGCAAGAGGAAACCGGUAACGACAGGCCGUCGUCGGUGCGAUCAUCUUCCACUGCUCAACGCUCGAACAGAUCCUCCAGUCAAGACCAUGACGAUCCUCUAUCACCUUCUACGGUGCAUGGAAGUACACCCCUUUCGCAGAUCGGUGCUCAUUCCUGUGCGCCAGUCAACGAUAUGUAUCUUGGUCAAGAUGAUAUGGACUAUGUGAAUAUUGGCGACAGAAUAUAUUUAGAAGAGGCUGGCUAUUGGGGCCUUCUUGCUUUACAAGAGCGUGAAAAUGAAUACGUCGAUGUCGGAGAUGCGAAUGAUGAAAAGUAUUUUGAUAUCACUGUGGCGGGUUCUCCUUCACCUGCACCAAGCGAAGACGAAGACGAAGUAUGUGGCACUGGUACUGCUACUUCCAAUCACAGUAGUAGUCAUGGAGGUAAUCAUAGUAGCGUUAAAAAAGGAAGACAAAAACGAGGUGUCUUACCUAAACAAGCUACGAGCAUUAUGCGAACUUGGCUUUUUGAACAUUUAGUUCACCCAUAUCCCACGGAGGAUGAGAAACGUCAAAUUGCAAGUCAAACGAACUUAACGUUAUUACAAGUUAACAACUGGUUCAUCAAUGCUCGUCGACGAAUUCUUCAGCCAAUGCUCGAUGGUGCCGGGGCAGAUUCGGUGCAACGUGCUGGAAAACGUCACAAAGUAUCAAAGCACGUGGUACAACAUCAACAUGUACAACAACAGCAAGGAGGCGGCUGGCAAUCUGAAGACUCUGGGAGCGAUUCAGGCUCCAGCGACGGUGAGGGAGGUGCCGAUAGAUCGAAAGAUGGUAAUGAUAGCGAUGAAGAUGAUCUUCACUGACCUCUGUCGAUCAUCGAAACAUCAAUCUCUUUACGGUACCUUCAAAUCCAGUUGCUCAUUACAGUAUUAAGGUAUUCGAGAAUAGAUUUCGCUUUAACUGUCAAAUACGUAAUUAUUCUCGCGAAAAUCAAGGGUAUUAUUGGUCGAGGUUAUCACGCUCUCUUGUCGGAUCCGAUAGUUUCGAUCUCCUUUUCUAUCCAUGGAGUAUCUUAGCGUUUUUAAGCGUUAUUAUUCAUUAACUACGGUCCGAGAAAGAUUGAAAAGAAAUAUUGUAUAAUUCGAUUAUGAAAUAUGUUCUCUUCUUUUUUCCUUUUCUUUUUCUCCUACUAUAUCCGUAAGAACAAUAUGAUCAUGAUAUGAAAAAGAAAUUCAUUAAUCGAUUUAGAAAGCAAAUUUUGAAUAUAAUGAAACUUAGGAUUGUUAUUUAAUCAGUUUUAUUGAGUCGUUGAUGAAUAAGCUACAUUGUAGCAAUUUUUCCCCUAAAAUAGUUCUUUGUUUUUCGCGAUUGUUUCUUUUUAACGAUUGUUAAUUUGCAUAAUAUAGUUUAGGAUAACGAAUGAAAAUACUACAUGUGUAGUAUAAGUUAUCAUUUGUAUCAUUUAUUAAACCAUAGAUCUACGAUAUUUGUUGAACAUCUUUUAAUUAAUUAAAGCGUGGUUCUUAUAUCAAUAAUUUAUAGGAACAAAUUAUUUUUCGAAAAGAACUUGAAUAUUUGCACUAUGAGAGAUUGUUAGAGGUCGUAACAAACAUAUUUGCCUGUAAUAUGUACAUUCUUUUCUAUGGUGUAGAGUAUGAACAAAUGUUUCACUCAUUUAAUGAUAAAGAAAAAAGUUAAAUCUAAGGUGACAACAAAAAACUCAACGUUAAUGUUUAUAUAUUUUUAUAUCAAGACUUUAUUUCUUUCGAAAUGCGUUUUCUUGACUUUACAGCAAACGUCUUUCAAUGUUUAACAAUAAUAAAAAAAAAACAGAACAAGAGCAGUACAUGAUUACAAACCAUAAUUUCUACAAAAAAAAGAAAAUAACAAUUUUUAUUAAUUAACAUUUAUUUUAUAAAUUCUGGACGGAUUUAUGAACGGAAGACUAAUAGUAUUUUAAGUAAAAAAUGAAGAUCAUCGUCUGACUAUUUAUUGGUUAAAUGAGCCUCAUAUAGUUAACUUAACUUUUGAAUAGUUCUGACAGAAAUAAAAAUAUUUCUGUAUAUACUUAGUACUUUCUAUAGCGUUAUCGAAAUCGUCCAUAUGAGACUAUGUAUAAUAUAGAAAUCUUAAUAACGACAAUGAACGGUCGUUCUCAACCCUUCCUAAUUAAAAUAAGCUAUGAUGAUAUUGUGCUACUAACUACAUUUAAAAUAGACGAGAUAUGUUUUUGUGAUCGAUCGCCAAUUAUCAAAAAAACGAGAAAGAAAAAUUUAACUUUC